GGCCAAAGGUCAACAAAGAAAAGGUCACAGCUCAAACAAACAAUUAUGGCUUCACUGAGCAAGGUCACAGGUCUUUUUCGCUUCUCCAGCUCCAGCUCCAGGUUUGCACGGCCCCUGCAGCAGGCAGCCGUGUUUGUGAGGUGCCAGCAGAGUACAGCAUGUCCACAAGUCCCUGUGCCUGAGGUGUACACAACAGUGCCUCCACAGCCCCGGGAGAAGAAGCCUGGCCAGCUGGAGAGAUGGCAGGUGGAGCAGUACUUUGAUAAAGGCUUUCUGGUCGUCCCGAACUUUUUUAAGAAGAGUGAGCUGGAGCCAGUCAUUAAGGCUGUGGAGGAGUGUGUGGAUAUACUGGCUAAUAAGCUGUACAAGGGAGGUAAAAUCACCAACAAGCAUGAGAACGCCGGCUUCUACGAGCGGCUUACUCUGAUCGAGAACCAGUUCAAAGGCUCCACAGUUAUACUGCAUAAGAUGGGGUACCUCCCUAAGGCAUUCCGAGACCUCUGGUCUGGAGACAGACUCUUGAAUGUGGUGGAGCAGUUCAUUGGACCCAAUAUUUCUGGUCAUCCUGUGUGGAACUUGAGGACAAAGACACCACAGAACGAACAGACGACCGUUCCCUGGCACCAGGACAAUGCCUACCUGGACCAGGACGCACUGGGUACGCUCAUGCCCACGGCCUGGAUUCCCCUGCUGGACGCAAACACACUGAAUGGAUGUAUGCAAAUGAUCCCUGAAGGUCACAAGGUCGGUACAACCCUCACACACACCUGCUGCGCCGGGGACACGUGGUAUGUGGAUCUGCCAGAGAGUGAAAUCGAGAAAGCAUACAAUAUCAACGUCCGAAAAGCAGCUGUAAACUGUGAAGUGCCUUUUGGAGGACUUGUCUUCCUCAACAACUGUAUUCCACAUCGCAGCUUGGAGAACUUCUCAGACAAGGUUCGCUGGAGCCUUGAUCUUCGCUGGCAAGACCCCAGUAAACCUGUUGGCUUCCACGGACUGAAAGAUGCCCUACCAAUGCGCAAGGAAGGACAGCCUGACUACAACAUCAAUUGGGAAGACUUUGCGGCUAUCGAUCGGAACAAGCUCCAAGCUGAGGACGUGGGUUACAAUGACGCUAAUGAGUUUGACACGACCAUUCACGGCCCAUGGAUGCUGCGUUGGGAGAACACACACCCAAACAGACACACUGCCUCUCUGAAGACUGAUGCAUCGUCAUGGCACUCACAUAAGGCUUGAAACAAGUGGGACGUACAGUCUCUGAAUUUUUAUGGUGAACAUAUUAUACAUAAAGUUAUUUUUUUUGUAAUUAAGGUUGUGAAAUACGAAUUACAACACUGGUGUUUGUAGUAUAUAUGUAUUUGCUAUUUUUGCUCUA